AUGGCGAGAGGAACAAGUGGAAAAAAGUGUUGGAAGUGAAUUGUCAGGUGUAUUUCGGCGGGGGCAAACUAUAAAACCCUGUCUCUUAAAAGGGAGAACUGAUGAAGGAAACAAGAAGGCAAGAAACCCUAGCGCCGACAUCUCAUGAAAUACCUUGAAGUAAGAUGAAUUUGCACCAUUGUUAAGAGAGCUCUAAAGAGCAACUUCGUUCGACGGCUCCAUUGUUAUAAGACACCUAAAGGAUAAUCCCUCAAGUGCCUAGCCCAGAAACAAGGAGAAGUCUCCGACGUAAUCUCCUUCCAACACCGCGACUGUACACAGUUCUGUUCUUCACAGUUACACGUAAUGCUGCAUUUCAUCCAUAGCAGGUAGUAUUGAGUUUCAUAUCUUAACCUUAUGGGGAUCAUCCCUGAUAAAUGAUCAUCGAUGUCAACCAAAGGCUCGCAGUAAGUAGAUUCGUGGGGGCUUACUUUCCUCAAAACUAUCGGUAUGUGUCUCUAUGGUGUAAUCUUCCGCGAGAUAGUGUUGUUAUCAACCUAGCAUUGACUUCAGUCUAAAGGAACGCCAUUCAAUGGCCCAAUGAUGAACUGGCCAACCAGGACUUUCUUUGUUGUGUUUUCGCUGUCAGAAGCUGAAGAGGAAUGAGCCGGGACUAUGUCGAGUCGAGAAGAAGGAAAUGUGCUGCCAUGAGGGAGAAACUUCCGAGGCUAGUUUGCAGCCAGGUAUGACCGGUGAAGACGAUUCAGUGGCUGGAGGAGUCAGCUGCAACAAGAUAUGUUGUAGGGCGACGAGGUGAGAGGAGAGACGAGGUGAGGCGGCCACAACUGUGGCUCAUCUUCGAGGAGAGCUGGCGGCGCUGGAGAAGAGGGGAGAUUGGGAAAAACCGAAUGCUUCGAUUUUUGAAAGGUAGGGUUUAUGCACACCCAUGAAAUUACAAAAAAUCUUUACAAGAAUUAUAAUAUGAUAAACACUCUCUCAAGAACGUUGCUGGCUUCAGAUGGGUUCAAACAUUCUCACCACUCGACAUGGACAAUCUGUGAGUGGUGUCGGAUGUGGUCCAGCUUUUCUUCGUCAAACCAGGUGCCUGCGAAGUUUGUGACAGUGUGGACACUUUGACGAAACCGAGAGAACGAGAUGCCUAACUUUUCUGUUGUUUGUUAGAAGGAGAGGAUCUUCAAUCUGUCUGUGUGCAUGCGUGCAAGUGUGUGUGUGCUUGCGUGAGAGAGAGAGAGAGAGAGAGGACGAUGGGGGCCAGUAAUGGGUGUGAUUGGAUUUCAGCUGCUACAGAUACGUGUCACAAGAAGAAAACAUUUAAUCUCUAAGAGAGAGUGAGAGCAAGAGCGAGAGCGGGUGAGAGAGAGGGAGUAAUGGAGAGAGAGAUGGCCGUGCUUGUAUUUCUGUUGAUGCGGUGCAUUCUCACAGGAGCGCUUGGUCUGAAUACGGUCCAUCCCUCCUGCAGAGCCAACUGUGACCACCUGGACACUCUCUACGCUUUUGGCGUCUGCUGGGGAUGCUACUUCGAAGACACUAACGCCAGAUACCUUAGUGUCUACAACGAUACAUUCACCCACACGAAGGUAUUCUUGGGCACAGGCAAAAUUGAGGUCGUCGGCAUCUCCUUGGAUGGUGAAAUCUGGAACCAGAACUCCAUAGGCCACGACUGCUAUGACGCGUCAAGCCUGAGAACCCGAGAAGAAGAGGAAUAGUUUCACCAUUCGAUCAGCCUGCGAGACUGACACUUUGCUUCAGAGUGAGAGCGGGCUGAGAUUCUCCAGCGGAUGAAUAUCCAUCUGCAAGCCUCUUCAAGGCAUGCUGCAUGCGAUGUCGGAUGGGGUAAAAAAAUUCUAAACUACUCUAGACGAGUAGCCUAGACUUGACUCUCACAUUGGAGUUCUGAAUCUUACAGGGAAGACUAGAGUAAGGUCUAGUGUCUCUGACAAGAUUAAGAGAUCAAAUGGAUCGACGCGAUUAAGAAAUCUCUGAGAUUAGGGUACUCUACUAUCAAUAUAUCGGCUAGAUGCAUAUCAAGUGGAUUCUUGCUCUGCACUAACCACCAGCUAUAGAAAUGCAUGGAUCUUCUUAGGGAUCACUCUAUGACAUUUUUGGCAUGAUAAUAUACUAACUAAAAAAAUACUCAAGUUAGAAAGAAAGAGGAUUUAUAAAUAACCUUCUCACCGGAAAGGGCUACUGAGUGGUCGAGUAACACGUUGAAGGUGGACCUCAGUUGUGGAUAGUUGACUAGAUGUUGACCAUUGAUUGGGUCGACAUGCUUGACUGGGUGGACUGGCUUGAACCAGGUGCGGCAGGUUGACGUGGACCAGCCAGUCCGGAAGGGUUUGGUUCGGUGAGAAGGGCUGGCGCAAACCCGGCGGUCCGAAAUGGCCUGGACUUGUGAGGCGGUCUGGUGCGGACCCGAUGGUCUAGAAUGAUUUUAACUGGCGAGACGGGCUGGUGUGAACCAGGCGGCCGAGCUGGUUGGGGCCAGGCGGAAAUGGGCCAUUUGACCCUAAAGGGUGCAUCGGGCGGCGGCGGAAUGGGCGGAGUGGGGAGGAUGAGCAGUGGCAGCGAAUGUCGGUGGCGCAAGGAUGGCAGUUGAGGACGGACGAUAGCGGAUGCAGGUGGUGGAGGAAGGCGGCAGCGGAAAGCGGUGACUGUGGACGGGAUAGAAGUGGUCGAUAACGGCAGCGAAAGCGAUCAACGGAGACGGAAGAUGAUUGCAACAGGAGGGCAGUUGAGGAUGGACGAUGGUGGAUGGAGGUGGCGGAGGGAGGUGGCAGAGGACGGCGAUGGCGAUAGAUGAUGGCGGCAGUGAUAUGGAUAAAUAACCCUCACGCCCUCUCCUUGCGGAGCGAUGAUGUAAAAUCUCAAGUUAACUUCAUUUUCUUCUCUAAUCGUUCUUAGGCCUACAUUAGGUUAUUUAUAACCUCUUCGAUGAUUAAAAACAUUAUUCUUAGGCCUACAUGAGAUCUCAUAUAGAUAUUGACGAAUGCAAGAAUAAUUUCAAUAUUCGUCCAUCCGAGGCACAAUGUAGUAACACUCAGGCAAGCUACGAUUGCGUGUCCAAAGAGGAACGAAUUUAAUCGCAGCGCCUCAAGAUGCGAUGGUAAGUGUGAUUUCUGAGAGUUUGGUGCCAAAAUCGUCAUAAAAUAAAUCGUACAUAACUCACAGUCACAUUUUCUCAUUGUGGGUCUAUUGUGUAACAGCACAGGCACAUCAACGAAGGACAGCGUGACAGGGUCUCUCGCAUUAGGUGUAGGAGGGGAAAACUGCCUCCGUCGGUCUCUUUUAUUGCUUUACAUUGUUAGUUCUAUGGAACAGCUCAUCAUUUUCUCUGUCCAACAAGCUUUGGAGUCAACAUACUCUUUCUCUUGGUGACAAUCACGUGUUCGUGAUGCGGCGUCCAGAGAAAAAAACCUUGCUGACUGAUAAGUCUUCAUUAUCAUGAGUUAAUAAUUAGUAAAUAAUAUAGUUUUAGCCUUAACUCAUGAUAAAUAGACUUAUAUUUGUGUUAAAGUAUGAAAAGUUGUUUUCAGUUGAUUAAUGUGAUUUUUGGGUAAUUAUGUGAUUUUAUACGAAUUUAUAUGAUUUUUACAGUCUUACUUUUGAGAUAAAUGAAGAAAAAGAAAUAAAACUAAAAUAUUGCAAAAUGGGGGGGACCCGCCGGCCAGCCGGGCCCGGAAGCGGGUCGGAAGCUCAGUCGGGGUGUGGGCGCGAGCAGGGGCUCGAGCGGCUUGGACCGAUAGGGGCACGUGUGCGCCACUCCCCUUCCACGUCACCGGCGGCCAGCCGGCUGUAGGGCAAGGAGUGGUCGUACACGUGAGAGAAGGGACUUCGCUUAGAAAGCUAACAUUACUAUAUAUUCGCCUGAAAAAUCGGCGCACAAUUGAUGUGGGACUAAACCCGCGUCACACCUUCCUUAGAAGGGGCGGACAACCGGCGCGGGUUCGAAUCCUCCCAGAGUCAAAAUUCAUAUAUUUUUAUCUGAUUAUCACGACUUUCCUGCAGAUCGUCGGUGAAGGAUUAAGCAACCAGAAUCGCUGGAUCAUCGGCGAAAAUCUCGUCAACAUGAUUCGCGGAGCAUUGCUACUAAAAUUACUGAACGAUUCGCGAUAAAAGGAUCGCGAAUCUAUCGAGUAAAUCAUCUCCGAUUGAUCGACGAACUAGCCGUCGUCGGGAAGAGGACGAUCUGCCGAGAGAUAAGUCGCCACCUCCUGAGAGCGUACUAGAUGCGAUGAAGAGCCUCCUCUUGCUGCGUGGACCUGAGGAUGAAGCUCUCUGACACGCGCCCCACCUCCAUCCAGCUCCUCUCCGUCGGGUGAUAGCCGCCGGAGAGCCGCAAAGUCGCCGUUUUUCUGCUCUGCCAGGUGACAGCCGCCGGAGACGACUCGGCGACCCAUUUCAUUAAUUUCUAGACUUCGCGAGAAGAUCUAGAGAUUGCCCACGUCGUCUUUGCCCAAAGAGAGACUUCGAGGCCGUGGAUACUGCACGACGAUCCUCCCGAACGCUCAGGAUUCCGGUGCAUCGUCAACGCAUCGCCGUCGCGACGUCAGAACUCUGUUUUCCUGCUUUCAACUUACUUUACGCUUCAUUUAGUGAUGGUUUUUGUGAUUUUAAUUUACCAAAAUAUACCUUGUUCAAUUACGAUUCUUCCGACUUUUACAGAUCUUAAUUUGAUUAAUUAAAUCGUCUGUAAUCGCUUACGUAAGAAUCGCCGGGCGGAACUCUAUUUCCACCCGAUUCACAUUCGCCGAGCGCUACGUCAUCCUGACGCCCGCACCCUUAUUUCCCUUUUUUGUGAAUUUUUAAAUAUAUUUCCUUUUCAUUUCCUAGUGUAAAAAUCAUAGAAAAUAGUAUUCAUUGAGAAAAAUUCUGAAUAAUUACCAGAUAUUAUAUUACAUCCCUGUGAUCGACCUGGAAAAUUACCGCUAUUUUUAGAAGUUUUAUUAAAUUAUAAUUGAUAUAUUUAUUCAGAAAUACUUCUAAAUAUCUAAAAAUUCAUAUUUUCUAGUUUUAUAAAUUUAAUAUUUGCGUGAUUUAAUAUACAACGACUGAGUCACGUCACUGACCAAUGAAAGAAGAUUCAGGAGCUCAAAAUGAAAAUGUUCGAGCACAAUGGAGGCCCACCAUUGCUGGAGUGCGUCUCCUCUCAAACAGGAACAACCUUCAGGAUUUUUGCUGAAGAAGAGCUGGCGAUGGCCACCGAUGACUUCGAGGAGGACAUGAUCAUUGGCCAGGGAGCACAAUGUAGUCUAUGAGGGGAAUCUGGAGAAUGACAAAGCGGUCGCCAUCAAGAGGUCCAAGAAAAUGGACGAGAGGGAGAAGGACAAGUUUGUGAGGGAGAUUAUGAUUCUCUCUCAAUCAACCACAUCAAUGAUGUGAAGAUCGCCGGAUGCUGUCUAGAAGUGGAGGUUCUCAUGAUGGUUUAAGAGUACGCCCCCAGCAGUACUCUCUUCGACUUCAUCCACGGCCAGGGCCAGCAACGAAGUAUACUCAUCUCCUUAGGGACCUACUCAAGAGCAUCAUAGAAGUUGUCAAAGCCUUGGCUUACCUUCACUCCUAUGCUUCACCCCCUACAUUUCACAAGGAUGUCAAGACCGCCAACAUACAGCUAGACGAAAAGCUGAAAGUCUCUGACUUUGGAGCUUCUGCGACAACCCUAGCAGAUGCAAUUGUGGUUGCAACCAUGGUCCAAGAUUCUUUGGAUUAUCUAGACCUAGAGUUCAUACAAUCCUAA